UAUAAUUCACCACUUCAUGACAGCCUUGUCGAUGCCGCGAGACUUCCCGAGAUCUCGCCAGUGCUGUUGCCAUGGUCGCGCACAGGAAGCCAUUGGGGAGGCUCGUCCACGCACACCCAAAACAGCCUCGUCAUUGUCACGACAGAUUAUGGAGAACGGUGGCAAUGAAAUGACAGAUCUUCAACUUCAAUCCCUGCAAAACCAGCAGGAAAACAGAAAAGAUCACGAACACAGAAAAGAAAAGGAUACAUCUGUCAAUGAUUUGGAGUUAUUAAAAAAAAAAGAUAAACCCAACAUUGACGACAGUCUUCCAAAUAGUAAUCAGUAUUUGCUGGACCAACUAAGGGAACUAAAGGACUUGAAUGGUCGCCUUUUCAAACUGCUCAGUGAAAAAGACUUUGAAAUCAAACACAUGAAGAAGAAAUGGGAACAAGAGAGGCUGGUCAUGUCUGGUGCGUCCGGCUUGGCAGGGGAUGCGGCCGCCGUCAAGAUUGUGGAAUUGUCCAAGAAAAACCGACAGUUGACUGCUGAAGUGGAGCGAGAGAGGACCAAAUCCAAACAAAAUGGCAACAGACUCAAAGAGCUGGAAAAAAAUCUGCAGGCUGCUCUGCAUUCACUACCACAAGAACAAAAGAUUGUCACAGUGCAGCCGCCAAACUUUGAGGACAACCCAGCAGUGAAAACCCUGAAGGAGAAAUUAUCUGCUGCCCAGCUAAGAGCCACAGAGUACCGCAACCAAGUUCAGUCUCUCAAACAGGAGUUAAAAGUGGCUCAGAAGGUUUUGAUGAGCGAGGUUGGCGAAGACAUCAACCUUCAGCAAUUAGUGAGCUGUCCAGGCAGCUUUAGAGGACGUGCACAGCAGAUGCUGGCUCUUCACGCAAGGGUGCGUGACCUUGAGCAGCAGCUGAAGCUACAGUCCUCUCAGUCAAGUGAGCUGAAUGUGGAAGACCAGCUUCCUAAAAUUAAAAAUCAGGGCAGAAACAUCAGCUACAUCCGCAGCAUCGAGAAGGAGAAAAAGGAAGCUUUUCAGAGGAUCUCAGCCAGCUAUGAGGCCCUCCAGAAUGAGCAGGAUCAAGUGAAGAAAGAGCUGGAAGCCUCCAAAGCCAGGAACAAAUGUCUGUCUGCUGAAGCCAAAACUCUGAAGGCUCAGAUAUCUGCCCUGCUGGUGAAGAGUAAACAUGAUGAUGAGCUUGUGGACGCCAUGCUGAAAGAGAAAAGCCGGAUGCUGGAGAUGCUGAGUCAGCUCGCCAAACAGAACUCGGUGACCCGUCCCAGCCCGGUAUCGUCAUUCAGCAGCGAGCUUUCGGAGCAGAAAACUCUCAUCCAGAACUUGUACCAGCUUGUAGCUGACAAAGAGAACACCAUCAAAGAAUUAGAGGUGAAAAUCAAGCAUGUCCAAAAUGGUAAUUACUGACAUUUAAUACAAAUCUAAAUCUGUAAAAAGUGGUGGGGAAAAAUAUAAAUUCAAUGAGUAGAAUUGACUUUAUAUAUUUCAAUGACAAAAGUUCGAUGGGUAAUUUAGUAAGUACAGUAUAAUAUUUUCAAAGUUUAAAUAAAAUGAUUUAUAGGACCAAUGAAAAAAAGCAAGCUGUGAGCUUCAGCCGUUUGGACACCUGACCCUUUUAACCUGUGUAAAGAUGCUGUUCUAUGUCAAAUAGAGAUUAAACAUACUGCCAUUGUA